UCUUCUUUUUGCGCUUUGUUGAUAUUUAGUUUUUUGAAUGUUUGAAUGAUUUGCUGUGGCUCUGGAUGAGUUCGUGAAAUUUUCAUUGGUUUUUGGUAUGAGAAAUUAAGGAUUCUGUGAGCCAGGGAUUCUCUUAAUUUGUGCUGUUGUGAUGCUUUGUUGAGAAUGGGCUCUAGGCAAAGGUGCUCAGGGUGGUAGGUGCCACUGUGAUCUCUAGUGUUCCAUUCUCACCUGGUCCCAACUCCCAAGUUGGCAUUUAAAAAAAAGAGAAAUUGUGAUUUUCUGUUCGGUUCCUCAAUAUUACUAGGUUUGCAUGCUUAUAGAAAUUACUAUCGGCAUCUAAGGGUUUGGAAGUCGUGUUAUGUUGAAUCUUUUCUGCCUCUUUGUGAUUUUAGGAUGGAGUUUUUGGGUUUUUGAUCUAAAUCCAAAGGAGGCUUGGUUUCGCUACAUGGGUUGUAGGUGUUCUUUUUAGCAUUCAGUUCUGGGAAGCUAUAGUUGGUUGGGUUUUUCGUAUUUAUGGAAGUUGCGUGUCAUAUUAAAGUGAACAUGUCAAGUUAUCCAUUUGUGCAGGUUGUAAAUAAUUUUUGUUGCAUGUUUUGUUUCACUGAGUGUUUAGGGUUUUACUUAUUUUGAAACAUAUGGUUAAAUGAUUGGAUUGUCUACUGGUUGCAUCUGCCUUCUUAUCAACACUAUGUCGAUGCUUUGUUGCUGUAGGGUUGCAUAGGGUUAUCUUACUCCGAUUUUGUCAGCCCAUGCAAACUUAGUAAUUUUAUUUACGUAUUGUUAUAUCAUUUGGGCAGUACCCACAAGCCAACAAAGAGUCACCUGCUACUUAGCAGUUGUUCUCCUGCCUUGCAUGCUAAACUGACCCCAGUUUGUUAUUGAGUAUUCCUUAUUUAUUUUAGGCUUUUGCUUUUGUUUGUAGGCAUUUUUUGUGGUUAUCACCAAUAUGCAUAAGAAGGUAAUCCAGUGAAUGAUGGCUCACUGACGGGGCGUUCUAUUUGAGCUUGUCACUUUGUGGGAUCAUUUCAGUUGGGUUGUCAGUCAAAGUCUCCUAGUUGCUCUGAUGUAAUGCUGCUCAUUUGUCCCAAAACAGCAUUUUGAAGUUUUGAAACCUUCUUUGUUUUGAAGGAUUACCUUCAUAUUCCUGCUUUUUUAACUUCAAUCUGUGGUCAUUGUGUUGUUUAUAACCUUAGUUGUGCAUUUAUAUGUCCAAUAUGGUACAUAUUUUUAUCUAUGAAAUUAAGUCUCUGAAUGAUGGUGUUGAUUUCUGAAUCUGCAUGGAAUUAAUUACAAUAGUUAUAGGGUUUUUCCAAUGGUUUUAUUUAUGCUAUAUUUGAAUCUUGGAUUAUGUCCGGUAACUUAAAUCUAUUUCUAAAUUAUAUUUUUUGGAAGGAUAGACAUGAAGAAUAUUAUCUCAUGUUAAAAAAUUUCAAGACAUCGUAAGUUGAGAAUGUAUAUUGUCUUCUAUGUAUGACUUUUUCCAUUCUAAAGGUAGUUUGCCUCAUCCAAAUUUAUUGAUUUCCUGGAACAUAUUGACUACUCCACAAAGUUUGAAGGACUAUUUAAACCAUGAGCACAAAGAAAUCAGAAUGUCAAAUGACUAUUAUGCCAUUCUUUCAAUAUGGUUUUGUAUCAAGAACUAUAGGAGCCUUAAUAUUUGUCAGAUAUUAACUGCCCCGGAUGAAUAAUAGUUGUUAUUACAAGAAUGAAUUUGUCUAUUUCAUGCAAGGGCCUUUGUGUGUGGCUACCUUUACGAGGAACUCACUUAACUUAUUGUUGCGGCUCAUGCUGGUCGAUUUGUGUAUGAUUCUCAAGAUUCCAUGCUCUUAUAAGAGUUCUUUUGUAAGACCUAUUUGUUUAUGAUAGUUCAAGCUUGAUGGGCUGAAAGUUCUGGAUUUUUCCAGUAAGUAUAUAUCAUCGGUUGUGAAGGAGAUUAGGGCACCCAGUUUGAGAAGACUUGCAUCAAUGUUUAAUAGCAAGCAGGAUUUCGUUACUAUUUAAUGCAUUAAUCUUUUGAGGAAGUGGUAGUUCUAUAUGCCGGGUGGUAGAUGUCUUGCUGAAGUUGAAUUCUAUGUUUGGAGACCUCCUGGAUUUAUAACCUGGUAGCUUGGUUUGUUUGAGUUGCUGCUGAAUUUUUGAGUAGUUUUAUUUGUUGCACUGGCACAAGGACUAUGUUAGCUUUCCUUGUCUAAACGGAUGAUACAGCAUUAUUCACCGUGUUUGUAGAACUGAUAGAAAAUCACAGGAAAAAGUAUUGUAUUUCAAAUUGGAUGUUGAGAUUAACUGGCAGUGUGACCCUAGUAUUCAUUUGACUCGAACAUCUGAGGACAUAUAAUCGAGAAACUAUGGCUGCUGGUUGGGUUGGUGUGGGAGAAAGGGAUUCUGCUACAGAUCUCGAAGUUGGGGAAUAUACCUGCGAAGAAGGAUCGAAAGAUGCUAACUCUGGUGGGCGACAUAUGAGAAAGGGAGGACUCAGCAGGAUUUGGAGUGGGUUUUUGAGGAGUGAUGGAUCCAUUUCAGGGGAAGAAACUCCAAGUUUCACCAACAAUGUCAAUGAUGAAGCUGACAUCUCUUUAGACAGGAAUGAUUUUCCUGGAGAAAAGAAAGCAGUAGAUAGAGAAAAAAUUGACUCUUCAGAGACAAAGCCAGUGAGGGAGAAACCGAAGAAAGCAGGCGGCAAGAAACCACCUAAACCGCCCCGGCCUCCAAAGGCAGUUGUAUUGAACCCUUCAGAUCAGAAGCUUGUUCGAGAGAUUUCUGAGCUUGCAAUGCUGAAGCGAGCUAGGAUAGAAAGGAUAAAGACCUUGAAGAAGAUGAGGGCGGCCAAGGCGGCUUCAUCAAGUGGUAAUAUGUAUGCCAUGGUCAUCACCAUCCUCUUCUGCAUCGUGAUGAUCCUUCAAGGCUUGUUUUCUCGAGGUAGUUCAAGUACUGUGAACUUGCAGCUUUCGCCUGUUCCAGUUCCUGCAGGAACUGCAAGGGGAGGGUUUAUCACAGUUCAGUAUAACAGGAAUUCUGGGGUUGGCACCCCUGGCUUCGAAUCUGUUUCUCCCAAUGAGGUUGAACAAAGCUCGGGAUCUGAUACAUACAAAAAAGAGAGAGUUGUGGGUUGAAAAUGAGGAAAAUGUUAGUUAAUGGCUGAUGGUAUGCUUUCCAAAGCAAAGAUCUACAUUGGACUAUGCUUCUUGGUGAGUGAUUGAUGCAUAUUUGUAGCCUGUAGCUACCACAGUUCCCCAUUCAAAGGUCCUGGCUUAGUUGAAAGCUUUGUGUACAUAUGAUUUCCCGUGAAAUGUUUACCUGUGGGACAUAAGGUGUUGCUUGUGUUCAUCUGGGCACUCUAGAGAGAAAUUUUGAGAGCUUUGUAUGCCUAACCUCAGGAAUGGCAGUGGAAGAUUUGGACCUCUGAGAUAUGCUUACUACUAACGCCAUUAAUGUUCCAAAUUUUUUUUGUAGUAUUCAAUAUAAUUUUACUUAUUUUAUUAAGCUCUUGUAUGAUUGUCCUCCUUGAAUUUAUGUAUCCUAGUGAACAGCUAUCGUGUCCUUGGGCUUAAUGCACAUUUUACAAGUUUAUGAUAUUUAUGUACACGAAACGAAAUGAACAUCAAGAUUUGUUUCAAUGUCUGCUAA